GCGCGCUUAGGAGUAAGUCGUGGUACAGUCUCGACGCGCGAGACGGAUGGAUGUAAGGAAAAAGUACUGUGCGUCUCACGUACGUAAGCCAAGAUUACCUCGUGACAUUGUGUGGAAUGUUUUAUUAUUUUGUAACCAAGGGGACGAUCAAAAUUGUUAGACUUGCUUGUUUACAUGCAUCUUCUGUGUAGUAUGGAAAAAGAGGAAACAGGAUGCUCGAAAAACUUAGAAAGUAAAGAAGUAAAUUUAAUCUCAGCUAGGUCAAAGGUUAUUUCGAAAAAAACAGAGCUCCCAACAUUACAACUAGCCACCCUCAAAAAUGUCUCACAUGCUAGUAAGGUGACUUCUAACUGUGAAAGAGACCCCCGACUAUGUUGGCUAGAGCCAGGGAUAGCGAUAUGGUUUAUAUGUAUCACUUCGUUCGGCCUUUCCACACUGUGGGGACUGAAGGUGUGGCUCGUGCAAGAACAGCUAUCAAUCUUAGAGACAGAAUACAAGGAGUUAGUAAAACGUAUACCGGUUUUUGAAGAUAUAAAAUUACAGACCGAUAUAUUAGUAAAAGAACAUAUUGAACGCUAUCUGGCGAUGCCUAGUCGGCUCAAAAGGGAUGUGACAGCCCCUGAGUGCCUCUGUCCGCCAGGACCUCAAGGAAAGAGAGGAAGAAUGGGAUUAAAGGGAUCCAUUGGGCCACCAGGAAGUCCUGGUUUUCCAGGACCGUUGGGUUUACCAGGAAUGCCAGGUCAUGAUGGAGUCAAAGGUCAAAAAGGAGAUAAGAUUCAGAUUGACUCCAUUAGCUGUGUGGCUGGCCUCAUAAUCCUUGUUAAACUUGGUAAGAAGUCUUGGCUCUUCUUGACUGUUUCCAUUGCAGUUGACUCCAUUAGCUGUGUGGCUGGCCUCAUAAUCCUUGUUAAACUUGGUAAGAAGUCUUGGCUCUUCUUGACUGUUUCCAUUGCAGUUGACUCCAUUAGCUGUGUGGCUGGCCUCAUAAUCCUUGUUAAACUUGAAUUUUUAGACUAA